GUCCAGCGGCGCGUCCACGUGUGCGCCAAGGCGUCCUCCGACUUGGGCGGCGAGAGACUAGCUGCGUCUCUAACAGUCCCGGACCCCCGGCCUGGCACCGGACGGCCCCCCGUCCACCUCCUCCGUCCCCGAUCCGGGCGCGCCGGGGCGCCGGGCGCAGUUGUCCUCACACGCGUAAAGCGCCAGAGGGCGUUUCCGGGUAGAGGAAACCGACACUUAUCGCGCGUCUGCGGAGUGGCCGCGCCUGCCUCCUGCAGCUCCGCCAAAUGUUUCCUCAGAAGGAAUCUGGGGCACCUGCCACCUGCAUGGGCCCAGCCUCCACACAGGACCUGAACAGUAGCUAUGGGGAUGGUAUGGCAGGAGAAUGCUCCAGAAAACCAGACCAGAAGCUGCCGGAACUCCGUGGAAUGGGUGAUCUCACCAUGUUCUCCUCUGACAGCUCCUACCUGUCCUCAAGAGGAAGAAUGAUUAAAUGGUUCUGGGACUCAGCUGAGGAGGGCUACAGGACCUACCACAUGGAUGAGUAUGAUGAGGACAAGAACCCCAGUGGCAUCAUUAACUUGGGCACCAGUGAGAAUAAACUCUGCUUUGAUCUGCUGUCCGAGAGGCUAAGUCAGCAAGACAUGCAAUGGGUAGAGCCAUCCCUGCUGCAGUACCCUGACUGGAGGGGACAUCUGUUCCUCCGGGAGGAAGUAGCCAAGUUCUUGUCCUUCUACUGCAAGAGCCCGGCACCCCUCAAACCAGAGAAUGUGGUUGUUCUGAAUGGCUGUGCCUCCCUCUUCUCAGCUCUGGCCACCGUGCUAUGUGAGGCGGGGGAGGCUUUCCUGAUCCCUACCCCAUACUAUGGAGCUAUCACACAGCAUGUCUAUCUCUAUGGCCAUGUCCGGCUGGCCUACGUCUAUCUGGACAGUGAGGUCACUGGGACAGACACACGCCCCUUCCAGCUCACAGUGGAGAAGCUGGAGAUGGCCUUACAAGAAGCUAAUUCUAAGGGUGUAAAGGUCAAAGGCCUCAUCCUUAUCAACCCCCAGAACCCUCUGGGCGACAUCUACUCCCCGGGAGAGCUGCAGGAGUACCUGGUAUUUGCCAAGAGGCACGAGCUGCACGUGAUUGUGGAUGAGGUCUACAUGCUGUCUGUGUUUGAGGACUCGGUUGGAUACCGAAGCGUUCUAAGCCUGGAAGGGCUGCCUGACCCCCAGAGGACCCAUGUAAUGUGGGCUACUAGCAAGGACUUUGGGAUGUCUGGGCUCCGCUUUGGCACGCUGUACACAGAAAACCAGGAUGUGGCUACCGCUGUGGCUUCCCUCUGCCGCUAUCAUGGUCUCAGUGGCUUGGUCCAGCACCAGAUGGCACAGCUGCUCCGAGACCGUGAUUGGAUCAAUCAGGUGUACCUGCCGGGAAACCAUGCCCGGCUCAAGGCUGCCUGCGCCUAUGUCUCUGAAGAGCUCAGGGCCCUGCGGAUCCCCUUCCUGAGUCGUGGGGCCGGCUUCUUCAUCUGGGCUGACUUGAGAAAGUACCUGCGCAAGGCCACCUUUGAGGAGGAGAUGCUGCUCUGGCGUCGCUUUUUGCACAACAAGGUACUGCUGUCCUUUGGCAAAGCCUUUGAGUGUAAAGAGCCUGGCUGGUUUCGCUUCGUCUUCUCAGACAAGGCCCAGCGGCUUCGCCUGGGGAUGCAGAGGGUCCGGCAGGUGCUGGAGGGUGAUGCCCAAAUGGCAGAAGAUUCCCCCGCCUUGGCAGACCCAGGAGCCAAGUGAUCAGUGCAGGUGAGCUGGCUGUUGCCUGAUGGACACAGGGCCUAGCAGCCACUGCUGACCUGUGGUGUUCUGGGGCUGCAGAAGACAAUGGAUGUGCCAGUUGCCAGGAAGAUAACCCAGCGAGGCUUUGCCGUUGAAGAAGAACUGCUGCUUGCCUUUCUCUGUGGCAUCCAAAGACUCCUCAAGCUGUGGUUCAACUUGGGCCAUCCCUCUUCCCUAUUAAACAAAACUAGAUGCCUC